AUGGUCACUUCUACUGAAGAUGAUAUUAAACGAGAGAAAUUAGUUGAAAGAGUUCGUACAUCGGUUAUAGUAUUUUGGAUUUUAUCUAUUAUAUUUUUAAUAAUAGGUAUAACAGUACUAUCUAUGUAUCAUAAUUUAAAUGAUUCAUCUCAAUACGCUGGUACUAUCGCUGGAACAUUUUUUUUAGUUUUCAGUAUACCAUUAAUUAUAUGUAGUGGUUUUUUAACUAGUGCAUUCUUAAUUAUUCAAGAAUCUAUUCAAGAUGAACGGGAUUAUCGAUGUCGUGAUCCAGAAUUUUAUAAAGAUAUUCCAUAUCCACGUCAACCAUUUAAACCAGUACCGACAACAUCAUCAUUGCCAACUCCAUAUCCAUCUGCACCUAUUCCACGAUUUGACAACUUUCCAAAACCUUCUCUAUCACCAAUUCCAUAUAGAAUUCCAAGUCCUCCAAGUUAUCAUUCAGCAGUUACAUUGACUAGUUGAUCAAGUGCUUGUGAUGAAUUUACAAAUUAAAGUUAAACAAUGAUACAUUUUUCUUUAGAACAAAAGAACAACAACACAUAAUCAUCAAGGAAAGAGAAGAAAGAGUGAAGGCGCGCACGCGCUCGUGCACACUCACAUAUACACACGCACGCAUGAAGAGUUUUCAUCACA